GAUUUACGUCUGUGGUCUGUCAAGUCAAUUUUCUCAGCGAGUUUGUACAUUUUGAUAAUUUUAAUUCAAGUUUUUAUGUAUUCAUAAUCGUUUGAUUAAAAUUUAAAUGACUGUAAAAUAUUAGGUGAUGUUUACCUUGAAGUAUGAAAAUAAUUUGAGGAGUAAAUAUUAAAUAUCUAUCAGUUUAAAUUGCGGUAAUCAUCGCGUCGAAUGUUCCAUUUGUGAACAAUUUUAUUCUGAUGUGGCCCAAUCAUGUUGAGUCGAAUUGUGACUUCGUUAUCUUAGCUAGUUUCCUCUUGAAUGUUAAAUAAUCUAAACUAGAAAAUAAUUUAAACUGAAAAAAUGGCAUAUCAGACGCUUCUUCAGGAAUAUAUGCUCAUACCACCAGUAACCAGAGCAUAUACCACAGCUUGUGUUGUGACUACGUUAGCUGUUCAAUUAGACCUAGUGUCACCAUUUCAGUUAUAUUUUAACCCUAACCUUAUUCUAAGAAGAUACCAAUUAUGGAGACUAGUGAGCACAUUCCUUUUCUUCGGGAAUUUAGGAUUCAACUUCUUCUUCAAUAUGAUAUUCACAUACAGAUAUUGUAGAAUGCUUGAAGAAGGCUCAUUUAGAGGAAGAACUGCUGAUUUUGUUGUCAUGUUUGUGUUUGGAGGUGUUCUGAUGAUUCUGUGUGCUUUCUUUGUUAAUUUAUUAUUUUUAGGACAAGCAUUUACUAUAAUGAUUGUGUAUGUUUGGUCUCGGCGGAAUGUCUUUGUGAGAAUGAACUUCUUUGGUUUGAUGAACUUUCAGGCACCAUACCUUCCCUGGGUGUUGCUUGGAUUUUCAGUGCUACUUGGCAAUGCAAUAUCAGUAGAUUUAGUGGGUAUGGCUAUUGGACAUAUCUAUUUCUUCAUGGAGGAUGUACUACCAAGACAAAAUGGGGGUCAAAAAAUCUUGAAGACUCCUAAAUUCCUAAAAAAGUUAUUUGAUCCAGCUCCAGAGCCUGAGUACAAUCCACUUCCAGAGCUGCAUCACGUACGACCAGGGGGUUACGACUGGCGCCGCCGUAACAAUGAAGAUGAGGAUGCUAGAUAAGCCAAUCACUCACAUAAUUGUGAAUAUGAUGCAAUUUAUUGCCAAAUAUUUAUUUUAAGGAUGUACUAUUUUUUUAUCAUUGGUUUCUAAUGUUUUCAUUAACUUCAAAAACUUUGCAUAGAAAACUUGAGGUUCCUAAGUUAUUACCUUAUUUUUCUUAUAAAAUCAAUUUAAAUAUUCCAUAUUCGUUUAUUCUCCAGAUAAGUGUUUCGUUCUAAAACACUAAGCAACGUGUUUUUAUGGGUAAUGGAUUUUUCAUACAGUGUGAAUUGUAUGAAUGUGUACAAAACAAAUGCAGACGUGAUAACGAUUUCGGCGUUAGCAGUGAAUCAAUAAUAUAAUCUAUUUUGUGUAAAAAGUUUACGAUAAGGGUCUGUUAAUUGUGAAUACAAAUUAUUGAUAAAUA